CUGGCGCAUAAGGCUAUCUCGGAGUAAGUUUUGUAUCUAAAUGUUUGAUUUGGGCUCCAGUUUGACGAUUUCUUCCUCUUCCUGUCUGUGCGCGCGCGCUCUGACUGCCCGGUACUAAAUGCUGCGGCGCUGCAGCAGCUGCGGUUUUGGAGCAGGUGUUUGUUUCACGGUAACAGUUUGUCUCUCGGUGCGUUAGUGCCACUUUUUUUGGACAGUUUAUCAGCGUCUCUCUGGGCGGACAUGUCGGGACAGAAACCGUCCUUGAGGAGCGGCGAGAGUCGCUUCCAGGUGGAUGUGGUGACAGAAGGAUCCUCUGCAGCCCCGGUACCGACCCCUGCACCGGCUCCGGUCUCUGCUCCCGCCCCGGUCUCAACGGACGGAUCCAAGCCGCCGGAUGAGGCCAAAGGCCGCUUCAGGGUGGUGGGGUUCCUGGAUUCGGGCGCGCUGGGCAGCGCAAUGGACAUCGGGCUCCCGCCAGAUGUCUUCCACGAGCCGGACACGGCGAGGAGCGACUCGGUCAGCCUGCACUCAACGGGCACAGGACACACGCACAUCUCCGACUCCCACUCCAACACCUACUACAUGAGGACCUUCGGACACAAUACCAUCGACGCGGUGCCCAACAUCGACUUCUACCGGCAGACCGCCACCGGAGACAAGCUGUUCAGACCGUCUCUGUCCGAGCUGCACGAUGAACUCGACAAAGAGCCGUUUGAGGACGGUCUGGCCAAUGGGGAGGAGCCAUCAGCGGCUGAGGAGGCGGCGGCGGCUUUGGCAGCAAAGGAGGCGAAAGGAGGAACUGUCAAGUUUGGUUGGGUCAAAGGAGUUUUGAUCCGUUGCAUGCUGAAUAUUUGGGGUGUGAUGCUUUUUAUCCGAAUGUCCUGGAUUGUCGGACAGGCUGGAAUCGGACUGACCAUUGCGAUCAUUCUGAUGGCCACUCUGGUCACCACCAUCACUGGUCUGUCUACCUCUGCCAUAGCAACCAAUGGCUUCGUACGAGGAGGCGGAGCGUACUACCUGAUCUCCAGGAGCCUGGGGCCGGAGUUCGGAGGCUCCAUCGGGCUCAUUUUCGCCUUCGCCAACGCCGUGGCCGUGGCCAUGUAUGUUGUGGGCUUCGCAGAGACAGUCGUUGAGAUGCUUAAUGACGUUGAUGCUCUGAUGACCGAUGAGCUGAACGACAUUCGAAUCGUCGGGACUCUUACCGUCAUCCUGCUGCUGGGAAUCUCUGUAGCUGGGAUGGAGUGGGAAGCCAAAGCUCAGAUUGUCCUCCUGGUGAUCCUGCUGGCAGCCAUCGCGAAUUACUUCAUAGGAAGCUUCAUGGUGUCAGAAAGCAAAGAGCCCAAAGGAUUCUUCGGCUACCACUCUGCCAUCUUCUUAGAGAACCUGGGUCCAGACUUCAGAGAGGAUGAGACGUUUUUCUCCGUGUUCGCCAUUUUCUUCCCAGCAGCCACCGGGAUCCUGGCUGGAGCCAACAUCUCCGGAGACCUCACGGAUCCUCAGUCAGCGAUCCCUAAAGGCACGCUGCUGGCCAUCCUCAUCACAGGAAUCACCUACGUGGCUGUCGCCAUCUCCGCAGGCUCCUGCAUCGUCAGGGAUGCCACCGGCGACCACAACGACACGGUGAGCGACACGGUAAACUGCACCGACGCCGCCUGCACGCUGGGCUACGACUUCUCCAUCUGCAAGGAGGGAGGCUGUCAGUACGGCCUGAUGAACGACUUCCAGGCGAUGAGUCUGGUAUCGGGCUUCGGUCCUCUGAUCAGCGCAGGGAUUUUUUCAGCCACUCUGUCGUCGGCUCUGGCCUCGCUGGUCAGCGCGCCCAAAGUCUUCCAGGCUCUGUGUAAGGACAACAUCUAUCCCGGCCUGAGCGUGUUUGCAAAGGGUUAUGGGAAGAACAACGAGCCUCUCCGCGGUUACGUCCUGACUUUCGGCAUCGGCCUCGCCUUCAUCCUCAUCGCGGAGCUGAACAUCAUCGCUCCCAUCAUCUCCAACUUCUUCCUGGCCUCCUACGCUCUCAUCAACUUCUCCGUCUUCCACGCCUCUCUGGCCAACUCUCCGGGGUGGCGUCCCAGCUUCAAGUACUACAACAUGUGGGUGUCUCUUGCCGGGGCGAUCCUGUGCUGCGUGGUGAUGUUCGUCAUCAACUGGUGGGCCGCUCUGGUCACUCUGCUCAUCGUCCUCGCUCUCUACAUCUACGUCAGCUACAAGAAACCUGAUGUGAACUGGGGCUCGUCCACUCAGGCUCUGAUCUACAACCAGGCUCUGACUCACUGUAUGAACCUCACUGGAGUCGAGGACCACGUGAAAAACUUCAGGCCGCAGUGUUUGGUGAUGGCCGGUUAUCCAACCUCUCGUCCCGCUCUGCUUCAGCUGGUUCACUCUUUCACCAAGAACGUCGGCCUCAUGGUCUGCGCUCACGUCAGGAUCGUGACCCGGCGGCCGAACAUGAAGGAGCUGUCUCAGGAGCACGCCCGCUGUCAGCGCUGGCUCAACAAGAAACGGAUCAAGGCCUUUUACACGCACGUUUUCUCCGAUAACCUGCGGCACGGAGCGCAGUUCCUCAUGCAGGCGGUCGGUUUGGGUCGCCUAAGGCCCAACACUUUGGUCAUGGGCUUCAAGAACAACUGGAGUGACGGAGACAUGAGAGACGUGGAGAUGUACAUCAACACCAUACAGUGA